AUGGGUGGAGUCGCCGACAGCCACGUGAGACUGAACCUAGAGAGGAUCAGAGGAGCCGCCGACAGCCACGUGAGCCUGAACCUAGAGAGGAUGGGGGGAGCUACCGACAGGUACAUGAGCCUGAACCUAGAGAGAACGAGAGGAGCCGCCAACAGCCACGUCAGCCUGAACCAAGAGAGGGUGAGAGGCGCCACCAACAGCAACGUGAGCCAGAACCUAGAGAGGAUGAGAGAAGCCGCCAUCAGCCACCCACGUGAGACUGAACCUAGAGAGGAUCAGAGGAGCCGCCGACAGCCACGUGAGCCUGAAUCUAGAGAGGAUGAGAGGAGCCACCGACAGCCACAUGAGCGUGGACAAAGAGAGGAUGGGUGGAAUCGCCGACAGCCACAUGAGCCUGAACCUAGAGAAGAUGAGAGGAGCCGCCGACAGCCACGUGAGCCUGAACCUAGAGAGGAUGGGGGGAGCUACCGACAGGUACAUGAGCCUGAACCUAGAGAGAACGAGAGGAGCCGCCAACAGCCACGUCAGCCUGAACCAAGAGAGGGUGAGAGGCGCCACCAACAGCAACGUGAGCCUGAACCUAGAGAGGAUGAGAGAAGCCGCCAUCAGCCACGUGAGCCUGAACUAAGAGAGGAUGGGUGGAGUCGCCGACAGCCACGUGAGACUGAACCUAGAGAGGAUCAGAGGAGCCGCCAACAGCCACGUGAGCCUGAAUCUAGAGAGGAUGAGAGGAGCCACCGACAGCCACAUGAGCGUGGACAAAGAGAGGAUGGGUGGAAUCGCCGACAGCCACAUGAGCCUGAACCUAGAGAAGAUGAGAGGAGCCGCCGACAGCCACGUGAGCCUGAACCUAGAGAGGAUGGGGGGAGCUACCGACAGGUACAUGAGCCUGAACCUAGAGAGAACGAGAGGAGCCGCCAACAGCCACGUCAGCCUGAACCAAGAGAGGGUGAGAGGCGCCACCAACAGCAACGUGAGCCUGAACCUAGAGAGGAUGAGAGAAGCCGCCAUCAGCCACGUGAGCCUGAACUAAGAGAGGAUGGGUGGAGUCGCCGACAGCCACGUGAGACUGAACCUAGAGAGGAUCAGAGGAGCCGCCGACAGCCACAGAAGAUGAGAGGAGCCGCCGACAGCCACGUGAGCCUGAACCUAGAGAGGAUGGGGGGAGCUAUCGACAGGUACAUGAGCCUGAACCUAGAGAGAACGAGAGGAGCCGCCAACAGCCACGUCAGCCUGAACCAAGAGAGGGUGAGAGGCGCCACCAACAGCAACGUGAGCCUGAACCUAGAGAGGAUGAGAGAAGCCGCCAUCAGCCACGUGAGCCUGAACUAA